AUGUGGAGCACAAACUAAGAGGGCCUUCAUUCCCUCUCACUAGAAAUAUACAUGAAAAUUCCCAUUUUCAAAAUGUCUCCUAUGUGAUUUAUGUUCCCUGGAGAGCAUGCAAAUGUGGCGAUAAGCAGAGUAGUGAACCCGAGGAACCCAAAACAGACAUUUUCUACCGCGUGCCCAUUUCGUUUCGCUAAGUUCGCUGCACCUUCUGCCCAACCAAGGGCAACCCAAAAAACGACAAAACUGUCAGUGGUGGUGGUCGAGGUGUUGGUGGUUGGAUGUGAAGUCAAGAAUGGGCAGAUAUGAUUCUCCGGGCCAAAUAGGCGCCCUCUUUCUGGGUGCCGCCUUGGUCAGCAUGGCCAUCAUCUCCGUGGUCCGUAUCGAAGCCCUCAAGCGCUAUGGAUCGAGUGAGAUCAUGGAUCAGACUAAGAGUCCCAAUGUGGGCCCAGCUGAGCCGGAAUUAGCAUCCGCACCGCUUCAAGAUGAUAACAGGCCCAGAGCCUUGCGAUGGGCCCAGGCCUUCACGGGGACGAUGCAAACUUUCAAGAGGCGAUUUCGCUCUUGGUUAGAUAGCAAGAACUCCGACGGAGCUGAAGAUCAGCAGGCAUCAGCAUCGUCCGGGGAUGGUGUCCAACUCUUGAGACCGAAGCGUGAAUCCACAUUUAAGGACAACAAGGACGAGCACGUCUUGAACACUUCCCGAUUGGGCGAAGAGCUUCUGACCGAAGCCCUUCAAGGCCAUAAAAUCCGUUCCAUUGAGAAGAAAAUACAAAAACUGAGCCCUGACGAUCAAUUGGUCCAGGCCAUUCUCCGACAUUUCCCAGUUAAUGAGGCACCCAAAGGAUAUUCUGAGCCGAAUGCCGGAAACACAACAGACGGUGAUCGGUCUCCGUCUAAUUUUCCAAUGAUCCGUUCCCAUUCGUUGCAAGAAGCAUCAGAUGUCAAGGCUAUUCGAGAUCAAAAUAACAACAAUCCCCGGAAGAUGUCGUCGAUCAUGUCUGAAGAUGAGGAGGGCGCCUCUGAGGCUGAACCCAGCCCUGUCUCCAAUUCGAGUGUCUCUUCAAUUGGAGACAAAUCCCAUGGGAGCCCCUACCCUGAUCAGAUCGGACACCAAAACCUUCGGCAUGUCCCUUCGAUUGUCUGUCAAUCCUAUGGAGAAGUGUUUGUUACUGUCAUCGUCACGACGACAGUGAAUAUAAUCCUUUUUGUCGGGAUUCAAAUUUGCCGAAAUCUACUUUGGGACGAGAAGUGGAAAUCAUCUUGUUGGGAGGACGAUUUUGGAUUUGAUCGUUUAGUUGACCCGAUCAACCAAUCGGGGGAGCCCUUGUACAUUCAGAUCACUGAUCGGGACAGGCGCUUGUCCAUUUGAGGUGGAAAUUGUGACCAAAUAUAUUCAUUGUGUCUAGUUCAA